AUGAUCUCUUUUAACAAGCACUACAUCAACCUUGCAUAAACCAACUUUGGCAUUUAAUAAAAAUAUCUUCAGAAUAUUCCAGAUGAUGAAACACCAUAAUAAAUCAUAUAAUAGUAUGAUUUGAAGAAACCAGUUGAUGUUAAGUAUGGAUACAAAGACAACUACUGUCUGCUUUUUGAAAUUCAUUAAAAUCUUCCUUACUAGCCUGACUUAAAAAUUGGUGUUGAUUUAAUAUACUUAAUUGACAUCAAUUAGACUCUAAAUGAUGAAACCUUAGAGAAAAUCAAAUAGGCCUUAAAAUAUUUAAUUAGCUAUUUGACAGAACAGGAUAGGUUGUGUAUAAUUACUUAUAAUAAUAAAGCUGAUAAGCUUUUCCCAUUGAUUCCACUCAAUGAAAAAAACAAAUAAAUUAUUUUUUAAAAGUUAGAGCAGAUCACUAUUUAGAAAGGGAAUUCAAAUAUUUUAAAUGCCCUUUUAGUUGCAAACUUGUGUUUGAAACUAAGGCAAUUUAAAAACUAAGUGACCUCUAUUACUAUUAUCAGUUAAGAUGUUAAAAUAUAAGAAAACACCUAUGAUUUUAAAGAGAUUUUUGAAAACAAAUUAGUAUUCAAAUUGAAAACCUUUCUGUUACUUUCUAACAACUAAAAUGAAUCUCCAAAGAGAAAAAAUAAACCUGGAAAUACAAACUAUGGAAACAUCUAAAUUGUUAAAAGUGUAGAUCAAUUAACAUCAUUAUUAUGCUACCAAGCGACCAAGCUCUAAUAGAGUUUCAUAAACAAUUUACUAAUAAUAGUUAAAACACACAAACAAUGCCCUAUUUAAUUAUCGGAAUAGGAAGGUGGAAAAUUCUAAUACGUUAACCCAUAUGAAAUCAGAAUUUCUAAAAAUUUGAUUUCUUUUGGGUACAAUAAGGUUCAUUUGAUAAGUCUACAGACUAGUUCAAUAACUGAGGCUAAUUAAAUUUCUGAAAUUGAAGUAUCUUUCUAGCAUACAACUUCGAAUCAUCAACAAAAAUACAGUAUUCCAAUUUAUGCAUAGAAGUCUAAUGGUAUAAUAGAUAGUUCUGUUAUGGUUGAUAAAUAUCGCUUGAAAUCGAGAAGUCAGAUGAAUGAAGCCAUACUAUACUAUGAUCCAUAUCGAAUUCAAGAUAGUACUCAAAUUCUUAAGAACUUUUUGUAUGAAGUAACAAAUUUGCCUGAUGAUAUAAAAUAAUAGUUAAGUGUUGAAACGAAAUAAUUUGAUGAUGCACUAUAAAAGUAACUCUAAAAUCCUUUCUAAUAAAUUUAAAAUCCAUUUGUGGCAAUUGAUGAUCUCAAAAAGAAGCAAAGAUUAAAACCUUUUGAUAAUCAUUGA